GCGUCCAUUAACCACCAACACAGACAGUGAGUGAAAGAGUCUGAUACUGACAGUGGCAGCAGCAGAGGGGAAGAUACGAUGUCUCUGAAGACUCUGGAGAAAGGCUGGAAGGCGGCUCUGACCGAAAUCCUGGAGCAUCUGACGGAAUCCCAGUUCAGCAAGCUGCUCUUCAAACUGGAUAAGAUCCCUCAGGGGGUGAAGGCCGGAAAGGCCCGAGAGCAGAUCCCUCAAAUAAUCAUCGAGUACUACGGGACGGAAGACUCCAUCUUGGUGAUCGAUAAAGAGAUGAAGCUGAUACCGAGGAGGGACGCCGCCGUCCAGCAGCCGCUCAGCCCCUUUCUGGAGAAACUGAAGAAACUACAGCAGAAAAACAAAGGGACGACGAGCAAAGCUGCAGCAGCUGACUCAGGAUCAGCCGGCAAGAGGAAGAAACCAGCAGCUGCGACAACGAGCAAAUCUGCAGCUGACUCAGGAUCAGCAGCCAAGAACCGAAAGCUUGCAGCUGAUCAACCGAAGAGCUGCAAAGCUGACAAGACGGAUCCUGCCGGACCUGUGAAACCCAAACAGAAGAAGACAGCGAAGUCGGAUUUGAUCCCGAAACCAACCGGAUCCACCAAAACCUCCCAGGGUGAAAGUGCGGCUGUCCAGUCGGGGAAAAAGAAAACUGCAGCAGUGAAAAAGGCCAGUAAGAAGAAGGAGUCCAACCCCCAGCUGUAGACGUCUCCACUCCAACCUGGAGUCUUUUUGUGAAUUAAAAAGAUGUAAAAGUUACAUAUGUAUUUGUGAAUGGGGGAUAUGGUUGUUUUGAGCUUUUGUUUAAAUAAAGAGUUAACACAC